UGUCUAUAACAGUCUUAAAAUGGAGCAAGAGGGGUUAUCAGAGACAUACUGAGGUUAUAUAGACCGCGCGGGGGGGCGCAGUUUCAGGUUUUACCACGGGAUACUGACACAAAGAAAGCAAGAAUGGCUUUUAUAUUUUCAGUUUGAUCCCCUUUCGCCUUUCGAAAAGAGACGAGGAAACAACCUCCGAGCAAAAGCAGAAGGAAGAGCCUCCUCUCGGUCUGCUGCUGCUGCUGCUGCUGCUCCGCCCUCUGGGAAGCAGGAAGGGGAGGGCAAGACGGGCUGCCUGCCGAACGAGCAAUGCAUUAGCAGCGACGGCUGCUUAGGCGAGGCAGGCUUGUGCGGCGGAGUAGACCAGCGAAGAGGCACCCAAGAUGGCCCCUGCUGCAGAUGCAGCCGUGGCGGCAGCAGCGGGCCAGACUCGGGUGGAAGAGGAGGCUGCGGCCAGCCGGCUCUUACUGCUGCUUCUUCUGGAGAAGGAGGCGGUGAGCGCGACGGCCGCGUUCGUGGCCCGCAGCUGAGAGGAGCUGUUGCUGCCGUGAGGUUAUAUUUCACACUAUGUGCUGACUGUCUGUACUUACAGAAGAUAUUUAAAAACAAUUUUUUUUCAAAAAUUUUUGAUUCCAGUGGAAUCUGUGCUUUAGAUUUUGUCUUGUGAAUUGAAGCCUGAAACAAUGCCUGUACAAGCUCCACAAUGGACGGAUUUUCUCUCCUGCCCUAUUUGCACGCAAACCUUUGACGAAACAAUCCGGAAGCCCAUCAGCCUGGGCUGUGGCCACACAGUCUGCAAGAUGUGCCUGAACAAGCUCCACCGGAAGGCAUGCCCCUUUGACCAGACCACUAUCAACACAGAUAUUGAACACCUUCCUGUGAAUUCCGCCUUGCUGCAGCUUGUGGGUGCUCAGGUGCCAGAACAGCAGCCAAUAACCCUGCGCAGUGGUGCUGAAGAUACCAAACAUUAUGAGGAAGCCAAGAAAUGUGUGGAAGAGCUAGCAUUGUACCUUAAACCACUCAGCAGUGCGAGAGGUGUAGGACUGAACAGCACCACCCAGAGUGUACUCAGUCGACCCAUGCAGAGGAAGCUUGUGACUUUAGUACACUGUCAGCUAGUGGAAGAAGAAGGUCGGAUCAGGGCUAUGCGUGCAGCGCGAUCAUUAGGUGAAAGAACUGUCACAGAGCUCAUCCUUCAGCAUCAGAAUCCCCAGCAGCUCUCUUCCAACCUUUGGGCUGCAGUGAGGGCGCGGGGUUGCCAAUUCCUUGGACCAGCAAUGCAGGAAGAGGCCCUCAAGUUGGUUCUUCUGGCUUUGGAAGAUGGAUCUGCUUUGUCUCGGAAGGUUUUGGUUCUCUUUGUGGUACAGAGGUUGGAGCCACGAUUUCCUCAGGCUUCUAAAACCAGCAUUGGGCAUGUUGUCCAGCUUCUUUACAGAGCCUCCUGUUUCAAGGUGACUAAACGUGAUGAGGAUUCCUCCCUGAUGCAGCUGAAGGAGGAGUUCCGAACAUAUGAAGCUCUGAGGAGAGAACAUGAUUCCCAGAUUGUGCAAAUUGCUAUGGAGGCUGGUUUGCGCAUUGCCCCUGAUCAGUGGUCCUCAUUGCUAUAUGGAGACCAGUCCCAUAAAUCCCAUAUGCAGUCCAUUAUUGACAAGUUGCAGACCCCAGCCUCUUUUGCACAGAGUGUUCAGGAACUAACCAUUGCUCUCCAGCGGACUGGUGAUCCAGCCAAUCUGAACCGUCUUCGACCCCACCUAGAACUCCUAGCAAAUAUUGAUCCCAGUCCAGAUGCCCCACCACCUACAUGGGAACAGCUUGAGAAUGGAUUGGUUGCUGUGCGGACUGUGGUACAUGGCCUGGUUGAUUACAUCCAGAAUCACAGCAAGAAAGGAGCAGAUCAGCAGCAGCCUCCUCAGCACAGCAAAUACAAGACAUAUAUGUGCCGUGACAUGAAACAAAGAGGAGGGUGCCCCCGUGGGGCCAGCUGUACCUUUGCACAUUCGCAAGAAGAACUGGAAAAAUUUCGUAAGAUGAAUAAACGCCUGGUUCCUCGAAGACCCAUGAGUGCCUCACUUGGCCAACUGAAUGAAGUGGGCCUAUCAUCAGCAGCUAUCCUCUCAGAUGAAGGGACUGUGGAGUUGCCCAACAGAAAACCCUCUGCCUUGCCAAAUGGGAUUGUUUCAGCGGGCAGUGCAGUGACGCAACUUAUCUCUCGCGGAACUGAGUCCAGCUAUGAUUCAGCCCUGAAGCCCGGGAAAAUCGACCAUCUUAGCAGCAGUGCCCCUGGUUCACCACCUGACUUACUGGAAUCUGUUCCCAAGAGUUCUCUAUCUGCCUUACCUGUGAACUCUCACCCAGUGGCCCCCCGGGGACCGGCAGACAUGCCUCCGAUAUCAGUUGGCAAACAGCUCCAGAUGGUACCACGGGGCUCCCAGUUGUAUCCUGCUCAGCAAGCUGAUGUGUUUUACCCUGAUCCGCGAGGAGCAGCUCCACCAUUUGAACCCCCUCCUUAUCAACCAGGUGUAUAUUAUCCUACAGCUCAGAAUUCACAGUGCAUAUCUCGAUUUGUCCGACCUCCACCAUCUGUUCCUGAACCCGGUCCUCCUUAUUUAGAACAUUACCCACCAUAUCUUCAAGAUCGUGCACCGAAUUCUCAGUACAGCGCACAACCACAGCAAUAUCCUCCUAUGGGACAGCCCAUCUACCCUCCUCACUAUGAUAGCCGUCGCAUGUACCCCCCAUACCAGCGGGAAGAGAUGGUCCGUGGAAGCCCCGUGCCCAUUGAAAUUCCUCCGCCAGCUGUAUCACCAUAUGUACCUGAAACAAGAGACAGAUACCCACAAGUGGAAGGCUACUAUCCAGUCGGUCCACAUUUGAAUCAGAUCAGACCUCACAGAGAGCCUUAUGGCCGGCCUCCCCCUCAACCUCAUCCCAGUCUGGAUGAUUUGCACCGCCGACGAAAGGAGAUAAUGGCUCAGCUAGAGGAGAGAAAGGUCAUCUCCCCACCUCCUUUUGCACCAUCACCAACUCUGCCCCCCUCUUUCCACACUGAUGAGUAUAUGGAUGAAGAUCUGAAAAUAGCAGGCAAAUAUAAAGGAAACGAUUACAGCCAGUAUUCACCCUGGUCGUGUGACACCAUUGGCUCCUACAUUGGAACCAAAGAUGCAAAACCCAAAGACAUUGUGGCAGCAGGGACUGUGGAAAUGGUGAACAUAGAUAGCAAGGGAAUGCGAGAUCAGCGAUUGGAUUUGCAAAGAAGAGCAGCUGAGACAGGUGAUGAUGAUCUUAUCCCAUUUGGAGACCGGCCUACCGUAUCAAGGUUUGGCGCCAUCUCGCGUACAUCCAAAACGAUGUAUCAGAACCCUGGUCCCAUGCAAGCCAUGACAGUUCAAGGAGCUUCCACUAAACCAGUCAACAUUUCAGAUUACAGCCCUUAUGGAACACACAGUGCUUGGGGAGGCUCACCAUAUUCACCCCAUCAAAACAUACCUUCUCAGGGACGCAUUAAUGAGAGGGAGAGAGCGUCCAUGUCAGAUGUGGCUGGCCAUGGGAAGCCUUUGCCAUCAUCCGAGAGGGAGCAACUUCGGCUUGAACUGCAGCAGCUAAACCAUCAGAUUAGCCAGCAGACACAACUGCGAGGACUGGAGGCUGUUAGUAACAGGCUGCUGUUGCAGAGGGAGGCGACCGCCUUGGCAGGCCAACCACAGCCCCCACCGCCACCACCUAAGUGGCCUGGAAUGAUCUCAAGUGAACAGCUGAGCUUGGAGCUACACCAGGUGGAGAGGGAAAUCGGGAAGAGAACCCGGGAGCUGGGCAUGGAGAGCCAAUCUUCAUUGGAUGUGAAAAACAAAGUGGGUACCAGUAAGCAGGCAGAAAAUGGGCAGCAAAGCAAGGUACCGACGGAGGACCUUGCGCUGACAUUCAGCAGUGAUGUUCCAAAUGGAUCAACUCAAACCCAAGAAAAUAUUGGCCUCCUUUCCAACAAAGCUGCAGCUCUGAACUUGUCUGAAGAUACCGAAGGGGGAGGAGGUGACCAGGAUGCCCAGAGGACAGGAGCAACACCAGCCUCUGCUCCUUGAAGGAACAAAAGCAUCCCUCCACUUCUGUUGGGGAGGAUCACCUUUUUCCCUCCUUGGGAUAAUGGGAGACAAGAACUGCAACAACGACAGCAGGUCCUAAGACAAUGUGCACAACACCACUACUAGAAACAGACCCUGCACAUAGUUCACAUUAACACAUUUUUUAAUUAAAAAAAUGAAAAUUAGCAGUAUCUGCAAGCAACUCAGAUUAAAUUUGUUUUUGUUCUGUGAAUGAACUUUAUUUUAAUAACUUUGGAUGCCUUGAAUGCCAGGGCUUUAAAAAAACAGAUAUUAUAUAUAUAUAUAUAUACACUCUGUUUGAUUAAUUGUAUGAUCUUAAUGAGGUAGGUUUUCUCUUUUAUUUUGGUAUUAUUACAUACCCAGUGUAUAAUUCCUUCUAGGCCUCUUUGUGCCGCCCCGCCCCCCAAAAACAAGCUCACUCACCGCUGCUUUGUGUGAGUUUAAAAGGAAAAUAGGGAAUGUGAGAUGGAGGAAGAAGCUCUAAAUUGCUUGGUCAAAAAAACGUGUAGCAGAGUUUAUCUGAAAGUAACAGUCCUUGUAGAUGCAAGUUCCUUCAUAUUUUCCUAAACAUUCUAGCUUUUAAACUAUAGCUUUUGAAACAUUUUUAUCAAUAACAAAACAUUUCAGCAAUAACCAACUUAAAAGGCCUCAAAAAGUGAAAAUGGUUCAUCUGUUUUUGAAGAGUGAAGGUGUCAGAUGUGAUGAAGAAACAAACACAAGUGGAGGUACUUUUGCUUCCUGAUCUCUUCAUUUCAUCCAAAGCUGUUCUGACAUGUUCUGAUAUGUCAUUGGCUUUUAUUGGGAAAGUUAAUAAGGUGAGAAGAGUGAACAUAGUGUUUGCUUGACACUGCCAUAUCAAAUCCUUUUCAGAGUCAAGGCUUUAGGCUUUCUCUGUGUACGGGAAAGGCCGACUUCCCGGGAGUGGACUGGGGAUCUCAGGUCCCGUCCCCCCCCAGCAUUUCUAUCUGAAAGAAAAACCCUUCAGCACCUAUAUAAAUUGGAACCCCUUCCUUUUUCCAGCAAAUGCCAUUUAAUUUAUGACUGUCCUGAAAAUGCCACUAUUGUAAGCAAGAGUCUUACUCGUACUGCACAUAUUUUGAUUGACUGACUUCCUCCUCUCUCUCUCCCCCCACCUUUAUUUACAUAGAUUGAGAUUCUGAGUGGAAAUCUUAUGUAAGGAUCUCUCAUAUAUUUUAGGCCUGCUCCUCUCUUAUAAAUUAGACUACUAAAUCUCAAAGCACUGGCUAUGUAAUAAGUUGCUGCAUUGCUUUGGUUGGGUAAAAGCAGAAGUUUAUUAAUCUUGUGUUAGGUUGUGUGUUUUUUCUUCUUCUUUCCUUAACCCCUUGUUGAGGUCAUAGCAACUUUCACCUAAGCUUUGCAUCUGUCUUACUUUUAAAUGAAACAAAAUGGGGUGGGAGUACAGGUCCCCUGUUGCCUACCAGUAGGAGAGUCCAAGCAGAAGACUCUUUUGAGUAGUGAUUAUUUAAUUUGCCCAGUCAAGGCACCGCAUUUAUAUACUAUUUCACAUUGAAUUUGAUUAUGCCCUACAGACCUGGCUGGCCAAAAAUUUGAUACACAUAUUGGCUUGGGAUUCGAGCUUUCAUUUUUUAUUUAAAUAAAAUUUAUGUAUGUAUGUAUGUAUAUAUACACAUAUACAUGUAGUUAUAUCUAUAUAUAUAUUGGGUAUGUUUUAAGAAUUUUUUCACACGAGUGCAGCUGUUAUAAAAUAUCUGGGAGGUAGAAGCACUGAACAAAUAUAUAUGUAUAACAAAAAACAUUUUACUUCUCACCUCUUCCUCUACUCUUAAACUCACAUACCACUCUAUAUCACCUUACUUGAAUUUUUAAAAGAUGAGAAAUGUUGUAGGAAGGAGUCUUUGGACUUCCUUGAUUCGCAAGAGCACACUUCUCUCCAAUGCCUUGAUUUCUCCCCUCCCUGUACACUGCCUUUUCCCCUCUUUGCACUGACUUCUGGAUAGAAAUGCUUGUUUUUCUCUUCAGGAGAAUUGCUCGCUUGAAAGAGGCCAUCACACCUUCUCACCUUUGCUGGAUAGGUAAACAGAGCAUAAUGUUGGUGGAACAUGGAACAAACAAGCACCAAGCUAGCAUUGCUUGUAAAUACUCUUUUCUUUGUCUUUUAUCCAUAGGAACUCUCUUCAGUAAACUAGGAGUGUUAUUCCUAAUCUUAAGGGGCAACUUCAGAACAUAAAUAUCUCAAUUUUUCCUAGCAGAAAAAAACUAUUUAGUCUAAUUAUAUAAAUGAUGGAGCUGUCUUUUUGAAGGUGUUCACUUUAAAUUAGAGAGUUGGAUUCAGAGAAACAGUGAAACUGGCUUUCUGUUAGCAGUUUCAAGCAAAUUAAUUUCCUAUACAGUAAACCUUCUGACUUCAGAGGAGAGAGUCUUAUAUGGAAAACGUCUCAAACUUUAUCAACAAAGUUGUAGCUCGCAUUCAUAGCAGGUAAAGAAGAUAACUUAAUAUUUGUUCCACCAUCUUUUCAGUUCUGUACUUUGUGCAUGAUGCCCUUGUUAUGAUAAGCCUACCUAGGUUAAUGUCCUGUUUGCCCAAGCAAAUAGUCUUGUUUAAUCUCUGCAAACCACAUUGAUCUUGGCUUAGUUUCCUAUUUCUCUUGGUGAAGGUUGUGAAGUUUCAUCAACAAGGUGUGCACAUAGGGAACUAGGAAAAGUAUUUAAGCUUUGUAGAGAUGGUAUAGAUGAAAUGUAUGAGCUUUCAAGUAGAUGAAUCUGUAAUACUCUAAUUCUCUGCCUCUUUCCUGGUUGUUAUAGAAAGACAGUAGUAAUACUGGCUAACAUGAUGCACAGCUUAACACUGGUAUUUUCCUUCUGCUAAGGUUCUGCACACACAAAAUCUAGCCCCAGCAGAAUUGCAGAAGAACACAGUUGUGCAAUCCAUUGUUUUUUAAUCAAAGCUCCAUUGCUCUAGCACAGACACUCAUUUCUGAGUCGUCAUGCAAUUGUGCUCUUGCGUGGCUCUGCUGAGGCUAGAUCUUACAUGCACAGCAGCCCUGACAGAAAGGAAAUGCCAGCAUUAGACUGUGCAUCGUGUUGGCCACUGUCUUUUGAAGUAAUCCAUGGGAUCUGGAAUACAUUUGUUUUGACAUCAGCUUCAGAUCCUAUGUCUUUGGACCCUGGCCUGGACAAAUCUGAAAACCUUUGCUUUCCAACAAUUAGGAAACAGGGCAGCAAGCAUAUGUAUAUGCAUGUGCAUUUCACAAUCCUAAAUGAAGCCUUACAACGUCUUCCACCUGUUAUUUAAAUUGUGCUUGGCUGAAAGAUGCAUUUUUUCUCUUGGGAUGAAAUUGGAAUAAAAUUUACAUAGCUGUGAUUAGUAAACCAUUCUGUAGAUUGCCACUUGCAUUCCACUAAGAAGUUUAUAACAUGAUGUGAUGGUUUUUAAACCCCCUAUUAAACAUUGCUGGAACUCACUGAGAUGGAUGACAUGCAUUCCCUCCUGAUAAUUAGAUAUUAUAACAUCCUAAACUAGUCUUAAUACUGUGUUCUUACUUAAACACUCCCUUGGUGGUCAGAACAAAUUAUGAAGAUUUACAAGUACAUUCAGGGAAGUUAAUUGAAGUCCUAGGUUUCAAAAUAACAUUAGAAAAUAGCUGACUGUAUAUAAAAAUGUAACGUGCAUUGCCCUGAAAUAGUUUGAGCCUUAUUUCACAUUUGCUCUUGUCUAAUGAGGAUUUGCAGUAACCUUUCUAACUUUGCUAUCCUAGCUCCCUCUGCUCCUUUUCUUUUCAUCAACCCACUUUAGACAUGCCCAUUGCCCUCCCUGAUCAUUUACCAGUUGACAGCUUGCUGCCUCAAUACAGAGCAUUCAAAUGAAUUCGUUUAGCCAAUAACUUCUGUGAAGUUGCCUUUUCUAAUGGUGUUUAUUACUCAGUGAUGCACAAAUGUGGUAUUGCCCCUACUGGUAGGCAAAUGAAGGGAUCUGUAUAAAUGUGGAUAAUACCCUUUUUACAUUCAAGGAGAGCCAAAGACUUGUGCUUUAACUCUUGAUUUGUUUUUGUUUUUUUGUCGUCGUCUUUCCCUUUCCCUUUCCCUUUACUGGGCUAGCCAGUUUGGAUUUAAAAUUUUGUAAUGUUUUGUGUUUUGGGUUCUUAACACUGGUAGAAAUGUGCAAAAGCUCAUGACUGUCAAGCCUUACAAAAAUACCUUCAGUGAUGGUAAAUUAACAGCACAUUUCAGAAAUGGUAUAUUCAGGCAUCUUGGAGUUUUGCAGCCAAUAUUGUAAAGAAAAACAUAUGCUUUAAACACAUCUUUAAAGAAAAUACCCUCCCAGCACAUUUUAAUGUAUUAGCAAAGAAAGGGCUUAUCCAAAAAGCUGUUUAAGCUACUGUUUCCUUCCAUUAUUUCUGCUUGCAAUUAGCAUCAUUUAACUCUAGGUGGUGAACACAAGGAAGCUUUAAAGAGGCUGAAAUGGAGCUCUUUGAAUAGAAGUAUCAAGCAUAAGAAGAUUGCAGAGGCAAAGGUAUGCAAACACUCUAGACUUGUUCUCAUGACCGCAGGGUAGGAUAAGCCCUCAGCCUGUGUAGGAGAGCCGAAUGCACUACUUGGUUUUGUGCUUGCAAACAUUAAGGUAGGAGGUGGGGAAAAUGAUUGUGUGGAAGGCAGCAGCUGGGCAGGACAGCUUUUCCUCCUACCUUGAUAAAUUUUUAUCAUUUUACAUUGAUAAAAUGCUGGGGGCGGGAUCUGGGUAGGGGGUGCUCAUCCUACCCAGCUGCUGCCUCGCACACAGUCGUUCUCUCUGGCUUCUAACUUCAUGUUUGCAUGCAGAUGAUCGAAAAUUGGGAGCAUGCCUAGCUCUCCUACCCAGGCUGGGAGCUUCUACUCUUCUGGCGGCCGUGUGAACAAGCCCUACUGUAUGUGCUGACUUCUCAGGUAGACCUGUAGUCCCUGGCUGCAGCAAAUACUUUGGGUUGUGGCUUACCAAUAAGAUCCAAACCUACAUUUCUAUCUCUUUGAAGCUAUGCAGAAGUCUCUCUUAUUAGUUUGGGAUUCAUAAAUCAAAAUAAAGCCACUAUAAAGGCAAUGAUAAAUAAUCUAUCAGAGUGCUUUUUGCUCUAUGAGUUUAGCAAGCGUGAGCCUUUUUAAAAUCAGCAGCCCUGAGGCAAUCAUUCUCCAAUUAUUUUCCCUAAUUUUCAGCAGCGUAUUCAUAAUGAAACUUGCAUUAAGGCCUUUCCUCUAUGAAAGGUACCUUUCCCCCUCCAGAGCUAGUUUCUCUAAGUUGCAGGCUUGACAUCUGGCUUGUUCCUUUUAAAGAUCCGGAGGCAGUGGGAGAGGAUUCCGUUGCGACACCUCCUAUCCUUCUCUUCUCAUCCACCCCACACCCUGCCUAUAGUAGCAAGGAGGAGUCCUUUUUUACUUUACAGUGAGGCACUGGUGAAUGAUGGACAAGUAUACCAACGGGAAGAACUGGGUAGGAAGCCUUCUGGCUACAUACUCUUGCCAGUGCCUUGAAACAUUCAAAGGGGCAGGCAGAAACACCAGACUACAGUCUGACAAUCUUAUUCCGAUCACGUCCAGGUAGCUACUUGACUCCAAGUGUGUCUUGCAAAAUACAAAGUCUAAAGCAUUAAUUAGCAUGAAUGAUUUUUAUUUUUUUAAAGCCAGACUUAGUAACAUUGGGUAGUAGCAUUCUGGCUAUAUAUAAUGCAUCCAAACUCUACACUGCUUUGUUCCAGAAAUAACUUCAAAAUGUCAUGUCAGUGAGAUGCUGGAACAAAAUUUCCCUUAUUUCACCCUCUUCCCCAAUGUGACAAAUACCUCAAAAGCAGCCUUAAAAAAAAGACAAAACUAUAUACACAAUAAAAGCCAAUUGCCUCCGUUGGUUAGCAUCAAUGGAUUGCAUAAGACUGAAAUUUUUGGAAGGUUCAAAAGUAACUCUUAUUUUCAUUUUGGCCACAGAAUGGGAAUCCACUGAUCACCACAAAAAGGAUCCUUUCACAUUCACCAUCACCCUGAUUUGUGGGCUAAUCUUCAGCUGUUUGAAAAAGAGUGGCAGCUGCUCUGUUGCUUUGUGUGGUGUUAGGUUUUCCCCAGGAUCAGUUGUCUAGUACUUAGAGGAAUUAUUAAAAACAAAAACCAAUCCAAAUACAUCCCUGUUUCACAGACAUGACACACAGACAUUUGUGCUAAGCAAAAGUGUAGCUCAGCAAGGCCAUAUCUGUAACAUCCCAAAUUAACACUGAGAGGAGAGUCCCCCCCCCCCAUAUAUGUAACGGUGUUCCUGUGGUAUUCAUUGCUUUGGAAUACUGCAGUGGCAUCCCAGUGUUUUGACUAAAUGUUACAGCUAAAAUAAUUACCUUUUGAUUUCACAGAUAAACUGCCACAAUAUGGGUCUGGUUUUGAGAAGCAGUGAACACUCAGGUUUCAUUGUGAUAAGAGUUCAGUAGUAGUUGUGGUUAUUGUUUGACGACUGGAUAGCUUCCUUUCUAAUGUGCAACAUUAGACAUGUCUACAUAACUUAGAAAUCUGUGGCUGCCUGAUCCUUUUUUCACAUCCAAUAAUACCCAAUUUGGGAGGUUAAAAAUGUUCAAGUUUGGCUUUUUUUUUGUUUUUUGUUUUUUUGUUCUUAAAAGGAAAAAUGUAAUCUCUCUCUCUCUCUCUCUCUCUCUCUCUCUCUCUCUCUCUCUCUCUCUCUCUCUCUGAAAAUUAAAAGUAUUAGAUUUGCUGAUGUUACAUGUAUACAUAUCUUUUAUGAAAACAAAAUCCUGUGGAGUAUUUGGUGUUUGCUAUAAACAAAAUUUGUUUGUUUCUGUGUAUGUUUAAGUGACUUUGGGCACCAUUGUAAGUGGUAAUGUCUUGCACACAAGCCCCUUUGGGGUGUGCACAAGAAGACCACCUCAGUGCCCUCUUGUCAUUAAUGUUAGUUUGUUGUGGCAGACAAUACUCACAAGUCUUUGGCAUCCAAAACCAGAUUGUUUAACUAGAUUGGAAUCCCACAACUGGAUCUGCACAGGGAGCUUCUAAGCUUAGCAUUAGAUAAAACUGUGAGGGGUGGGGAGCAAAGCAGGCCGUUCUGCUGGAAAUGCAGCUGUUUUUCCUGCUGUCUCUACAGCCCUCAGUUUCAGGCUCUGUAGAGGUAGAAACCCAUAAAGUGAUUCUCUGCUGCCUGUUGUGAGUUUACAAUUGCCUUGCAGUCUCUGCUUGCUAUGUAAGCAGCCUCUUUGCUAGCCAUGGACCUCUUUCCUUGAAGGCGACCUUAUCAGCAGCAUGGUGGUGGUUUUUAUUAGUUUUCAAGGACUCUCAGUCAAUUAUCUAGAGUUUGCUCUUUGUUUUUGUUCAUCAAACCUGCCUCUCUCUCAAAAGUCCCCUGGUCAUUUCCAAUUGUGGGAUUUCUCUAUAUGUGUGUGCAUUCUUUAUAGUUGUGUGUGGGGGGAAGGAGUUUAAGCCAAGUUUCCUUUGGUCUUUUUAGGAUUGUACCAGUCUCCCCGAGACAUACUUAAGUCAUUAUCACCUUUUUGGGUGGAGUUCAUUUUUUAAAUAACUUUUUUGACAUUUUUGGUGCAUAUAUGCUUGGGAUAGAGCUCAUGUAAUUUACCAAUCGUAUUGAUUGUAUGUGAUUGUGCCCUGCAGAGGUAUAUUUAACAUAAAAUAAAAUGAAAAUGAAAAAAUUUAGUCUAGGGUGAUGAUGCUGAUAUAAUAAAGGAAACUCCAAGAUGUUGAGUCAGGCAGUGAGUGACUGAAUUUGUUUAGAGUUCAAGGAUUUGACAGCUGUUCUGAUCAAAACACUGGGUUUGUUUGGGGUUUUUUGUUAUUUCUGCCCUUUGCCUUCUUUUCCUCUCCUUUUUCUCUCUCUCUCCAUAUGAUUAUAAUAAUAUAUAAUCUAUAUCACUCUUAAUGGGCCGCCUUCACAUAUUUACCACUCAAAACAGACACACAGACGGGAUGUGAAGAUGAACAUUCUUGAUAUUCUUCUUGAAUAUGCUUUCAUGAAUAAAUAUUAUAACAGUGAUAUAAUUACUUGGAAAAUCAGAGUCCACAAAAGAGAGGGAUACAAUGAUAAUCUUUUAGGAGAAGUUUCUGGAUGCAGAUAGGGACAAAAGAUGUCACUCUACACACUUGCUUCAGUGUACAUCCCACUAAGAGCUUUCCUACUAAGCAACUUGAAGUUUUUCUGUUCGUAGAAUUAAAGAUAUUUUUUUGCAGGAAUGGGUAGGCAGUUUCAGUAAUGUCAGCACCAGCUCUUAAAUGUCCCAGAACAAGAGCUUUCUCAUCAGAAGCAAGUGAAAACAGUACUGUAUCUUCUUUCAGCCUCUUUUGUGUAUUAAUCCUCAGUCAAGUGUGGUUUUUAAAAGACUUUUCUUUUUUCUUUUUAACACAAAGGAGGCUUAAACAUUCAUUGGAGAGAGAGAAAGUGAUGUCUAGAUGGAAAGGGUAAAACAUUAAUCUCUCUCCAUCCUUUUUUGUGAACAAAUUGUGUGAUUUUAAUUUUGGCAAGUAUAGAACUGACACGCUGUCAUCUUAUAUGUAAAGAGAACUUUUGUGUGCAUGAUGGUUAUUGUAUAGUAAAUAAAUGACACAUGUCAAAAUGC